AUGAGCUUAUUCAUAUUGGACGACAUGAUUGUUGACGAAUCUGGUGAUUCCCACAAACGUGUAAAAAUAACUACUGCUUGUGAUACUUGCAGGAGGAGGAAAGUUAAAUGUGAUGGUGCUUCCCCAUGCGCCAAUUGUCAACGAGGAGGUUAUCAAUGUACGUUCUCGGAUUCGUCUUCAAAACGACCCAGAGGCCCUCCUAAAGGAUUUGUCGCAUUGAUAGAAGAUAGGUUACAUACUAUAGAAUCUCUUUUGGUUAACCUCGUUAAUAAAGACAAUAAUAAUGAAAUUAAUAAAGAGAUCAAACGGGAAAGAGAAACAACAAUUGAAGAGACAACAACCAGUACACGACAAAGGUUCUCAACAUUUAAAAUACGACAUUAUUCCCCCUCAAAUACUAUUGCACCUACAAAUCCACAGCACCAUUUAUUCAUUCCAUCAACGCCUCCCGCGGAUGCGACUGGAUUUUCCGAAUCACCAACUUUAGUUGCCACUUAUAGUGAUGAAUUAGCUAGUGAUGAUGAGGAUAUACUUCACCAAAAUUUGAUUUCUCCAAAUGACGCAAAUAGUUUACAAAGUAGUAAUCUUUCAUUUCUCAUCAAUUCAAAUCAACCUACCGGCGCUUCAUAUGUCGAUCCUCCAUUACCAACUUCUAUACCACAACUUAAUAAAACCUUGCCUUCGGAUGUCGCUCAAAUAUUAUUGGAAAAAUAUUUUAACCAUUUUCACCCAUAUUUUCCCAUUAUCAACCGAGCAAAAUUUUUCAGGCAUUUAUCAAAUCCUAAUGUCGAAGACCAGCCUUCUCCUUUGCUUCUUAAUGCUAUAUAUUCUGUUGGUGCUCUAUUUCCCAAGGCACUUCCGGAAUCUUACAACCCGGCAACUUUUUAUGAUCGAGCACGAAAUAUGUUGGACUUUUUUAUUGAUGCACCUAGGGUGUCGACUGUUCAAGCAUUAAUAUUAUUAUGUAUGGUUGACCAAGGAAAACCAACUUCGUACAGACCUCAAACUUAUUCUUCUAUGGCUAUCAGAAUGGCCCAGAGCAUGGGAUUGAAUCGACGGAAUGGUCCCGUGUAUCAAGGCAAAGGUCGACAAACAAAAAAACUUGUAUGGUGGGGAUGCUUCAUAGUUGAUAGGCUUAAUAGUCUUGCUACAGGAGAUCCUCUGGCAAUUAAUGAUAAAAUGUGCGACAUAGAACUUCCUUCGCCAGAUGAAGUGGAUGAUCAAGAUGAUGAUCAACAACAGUCACCUCAACAACAAAAUUCACAUAGUUCAACUUACACACAACAAAUAAACAUUUUUGUUAAUUUUAUAAGACUUGCUCGAUUAAUUGGCCAAAUAACCGAGCAUUUACAAUCAACUUCUUGUAUGGGAAUGUCUUCAUCUUGGGCUCAUCAUCUAAUGAUUUCUAACUUUGAGAAUUCACUUGGAAUCUGGCAUCGGGAAUUGCCUCACUACUUACAUUACGCACCUUCACCACAACAUAUGCCACUUCCAGGACAUAUAGCUUCAAUUCAUAUGCACCAUCAGACCCUAUAUUUGAUACUUCAUUACCCUUAUAUAGCAAAUAAUAAUGCUAGACAAUCUAAUUCACGAAUAUCUAAAACAUAUUUUAAAUCUUUGAAUAUUUGUACGACAGCAGCGAAUACCAUAACGCAUAUAGGAGCAAAAGCAGCAAAAGUUCAUGAGAUCAAUGUCGCGUCUUCACAACGAGCUUUAGCCAUACCAUCAUACAAAAACAUUUUAAAAACACUCAAGAUUUGUCAAUUCUAUCAGCAAAAUAAUAUAAUGACAGAAUUAGCUGGUCAAACAAUCAAAGCUUUGGAUAAUAUUUUGAUAAAAUAUCAAGAAAAGUUUGCUAAUGAAGAUCUUUCAUCCUCAAAUAUUAUAAAGAUAUCACCUACCAUUACGAAUCAACAAUAUGUGGAAUCUUCUACGUCAACAAUAGAUAGAACGGCAUCAACUCACCCAAUUAUUACACCUUUUGUUGGAUAUACAUCAUCACCUACAUCUGCAAAUGCCAACACCAAAAGAGGAUCGCCACCUCCAACAAAUAUGCAAUCGACACAAAAUUUCACAUAUUCGUCACAACCAGAAGGAACAGGCGCACAAUUUAUCCCAAUAAAUAUUGGUAAUAACCAAAUAUUUGAUCAAUUUGCCACUAUGCAGAUGCAGUCACCGACUGUCAUGUCACCAACAGUAACGACUGAUAUGUCAUCAGAACAGUUCUCGUGGGAUUUUGGAAUGAAUAUUGGAACACAACCUGGUAUAGUUGGAUUCAAUAAUAAUUCUUAUAAUCAGAUGACCGUAACAGGAUCUUUAGCGACUUCAACAACAACGACACCAUCAUUGCCACCAAGUACUACAGCAUCACCUACGGAUUACUUCAAUUCACAACAGAUACAACAACGACAAAGACAACCAACACCUACAACCACUUCAUCCCCUAUCAAUUUUUCAUCCAACACGUUUAAAUCUCACACAAGAACAAAUCCAAUGGCUCUGGAUUCCAUCGAACAUGAAAGUGAAGCUGGAACGACAAUGAUGACAGAACCAAUGAGAAAUGUAGGCUUACAGAAUGUUCAUAAUUCGCAGCAAAGGUAUGUCAUUAUGGAUACGAAUGACAAUAAUCCCUCUAUUGACAAUCACAUCAAUAAUGGGUUUGUUGUUGAGGGAGGUGGUGUCUAUGGUCGAAUGCCUUCCACCAAUAAGACUCAUCCUCGAAUUUUCAACAAGAUUCCACAACGUCUGAGGAAGAAAGAAGACAUAAACCACUAUACCGAUUAUCCUUCUAAUAGCGAUCAAUCUAGCAUGUCUAACGCUAAUGCCAUAAAUGUCCUAUCUCGAAGAUCAAGUGGCGGCCACUGCGGAGGUUUCAAGCUCGGUAACUCUGUCGGUUAUCUUGAAGUCACUUCUGUCGGUAUUGGUCAUGGUGAUGAUUAUGAACAAUAUGAUGGUCUCUAA